AUGCCCGGCGUUGCAUUGCAAGAUAUCCACACUCUGCUGGCUCAAGACACCGAACGAGUGCAUCGAGAGAGCAGCAACGCGACGGAAUCCCUCUUGCGAGUCCUCGACGAUCUCCCCCCGCCCUCCAACAACCCUCCACCGCCUCAACCGCACCACGCCCCACAUCAACAUCCACAUCAACAUCCCCACCCACACCUCAACCAUCCGGCUUACAACCACCACCCCUCUCACACCAACAUGUCCUCUCCCGCCUCGCCCGGCGCCGCCGCCCAGGCCAAGUCGCGCCUCACCAACGAGCAGAAGAAGAAGAACCACAUCGAGUCGGAGAAGAAGCGACGCGACGCCAUCCGCGCCGGCUUCGACAAACUGGCCGACAUUGUCCCCAAAAUGACCGGUCAGGGUCGCAGCGAGGCCGUCGUCCUCCAACACACCGUCGCAUACAUGAAGUACCUCAUCGCCAAGCGCGAGGUCCUCGAUAAAUUGGCCGCCGAAAAGAAUUGGUCGCAGGAGGAGCGUCUCGGAGUCUACCGUGCCGCCGAGCAGGAAAUCCGUCGCAAGGAUGAUGCCCUGGAGAUCGCCGCCCAGCAAGCCCAGCAGGCCGCCCAACAUGCCGCUCGCGCCAAUCAGUUGAAGCAGUCGGGGUCGGGGUCGGGAUCGCGCUGA